UUGGGUUAACUUUAUCAUAGAUUAUUUUCGACGACUUCUGUGAUUAAGUCUAUUUGGAUUAUCAAUUUGUUUAUAGGUGUCAAUUUUGAUGGUUUUAUUAUAUGCGUGUAUCUUGUUGGAAUCACGGAGUGUGUAUUGACAGCGUCGAGAUAGACUUUCAUUAUAUGUGUUUUCUGCUUUGUUUGAUCAAAUUUGAGUUGACUAAGUUAUAUUGGAUGGCAUGGUGUAACAGACCAAGGGUUGUUCUAUCAUCAUAACCUGGAGCUUGUUGGUUUAUGCUUUGAAUUUUCACUAAGUUUCUUUUAAUUGGAUCUACGUUUCUGAUCAGGGAGGAAAGUGCUUAUCAUGUUCUUGUAGGCCUUUGUGUAAAUAAUAUUAUGGCCUUUGAACAUUUUCAUGGGAGGGGGUGCCAACUGAAUGUCUCUGACAUCAAGGAUGUUCAGUUGAAUACCAAUUGGAACGAUGUGAUUUGCCCAAUAUGCUUGGAUUUCCCUCACAAUGGUGUACUCCUCCAAUGCUCAUCUUAUGAGAAAGGAUGCCAUGCUUUUGUGUGUGACACAGGUCAUUUGCACUCAAAUUGUUUGGACCGAUUCAAAAAUGCCUAUGGUAUGUCAACCCCAUCAACUUCUGAUGUAAAUCCCACAACAGACAUUCAAUCAGUGGCAUCAGAUGGUAGUUGCAGACCAGCUUGCCCCUUAUGCAGAGGGGAAGUCACAGGGUGGGUGGUUGUUGAUAAGGUCCGUACAAUUCUGAAUGAGAAGAAACGAUGUUGUGAGGAGGACCAGUGUUCUUUUACUGGAACUUACGUGGAACUACAAAAACAUGCAGAAAUAGAGCAUCCUCAUUCUCGUCCUUCAAAAAUCGAUCCUGCUCGGCAGCUUGAUUGGGAAAAUUUCCAGCAAUCGUCUGAGAUCAUUGAUGUUUUGAGCACAAUCCAUUCAGAAGUACCGCGUGGGGUGGUUUUGGGAGACUAUGUUAUUGAAUAUGGGGAUGAUGAUACUGGAGAUGAAUUUGAAGACUUCCCUGGUGAUGAGGGCAACUGGUGGACCUCCUGCAUCUUGUAUCAGGUAUUUGAUAAUUUCAGGAAUGCUAGAAACAGAAGAAGAUCAAGAGUCAGUGAUACCAGAAGAGGAAAUCGCCGCUUGAGUUAUGAAACUUCAAACUCUGAUGAAGGUUCCGUGACAUCUGUAGAAUUUGCAGAGUAUAGAAUAGAUGAGACAGAUGAUGAGUUUGUGAGUACAAAUGGGCCCUCUAGACGUGGCUCUGGUCUUCGUAGUUCACGGAGACGUCGAUCCCGCUUCCAUGACAAUUAGGUACUUUGCACUGCCCUAUGAGUUUGAGAAGAGUGGUUUUGGUUAUUUGGUUGUUCUUCAUGGUUCUCUGCAGUGCCAGAACAGAAAAAUGAAAGCAAAUGAUCAAAAGAGAAAGAUUUAGGGAUGAUGAUCCUUGGGACUAGAAGGCAUUACCGGGAUACUAAAUCCAAUUAGCGUUCAAAGAUGUAAAAGCUACGUUUGUGACAUAUUAUGUUACAUAUUUGUACUUUUUAGUGGUUAGACAUGAAUUCCAAGUGGUUGUUGGUUGAA